AUGGCCCCUGUCCCACCCGCCGACGAGUUCGAAACCGUCGUCCGCAACGUCCAACCGCCCACUGUCCCGCCGCAUCGCUCGCACGACCCCUCCAACAACCUGAAGCGCACCGACCCUUUCCAAUUCGGCUCGCGCUACCUCGAAGAAGGCGACGACGUCUAUGAAUUCAACGCGUGGGACCACGUCCAGCCGGACGAUGAGUUCAAGGCCUUCGCCGAAGAGCAGUACAGCAAGCAGCGCGCCGCCCCGGUGUCCGAGUUCGACAAGAGCCGCUUCAACUCCGACCCCGCCAAAUGGUGGAACCGCUUCUACCAGAACAACACGGCGAAUUUCUUCAAGGACCGCAAGUGGCUGCGCCAGGAGUUCCCUGUGCUCGCGGACGUGACGGCCGCCGACGCCGGGCCCAAGGUCGUGCUGGAGGUCGGCGCCGGCGCGGGCAACACCGCCUUCCCGCUGCUGGCGAACAAUGCGAACGACCAGCUGAUGGUGCACGCGUGCGACUUCUCCAAGACCGCGGUCCAGGUCAUGCGCGACAGCGACCAGUACGAUACUAAGCAUAUGGUGGCGGAUGUGUGGGACGUGUCGGCUGUGCCGGACGGCGAGAACGACUCCCUCCCGCCGGGGUUGACAGAGGGGUCCGUCGAUGUGGUGAUCUUGAUUUUUAUCUUCUCCGCCCUCGCCCCGGACCAGUGGGAACGCGCUAUCCGCAAUGUCUAUCGCGUGCUGAAGCCCGGUGGUCAGGUGUUGUUCCGCGACUACGGGCGUGGCGAUCUGGCCCAGGUGCGCAUGAAGAAGGGUCGCUAUCUCGAUGAGAACUUUUACAUCCGCGGUGAUGGCACCCGCGUGUACUUCUUUGAUCGCGACGAGUUGGAGAAGAUGUGGGGUCGGUGGACUAUGGAGAAGGGCCUGUCCGUCACCGAUGAGGAAGAGGUCACCGGAGCGUUCGACAUUAAGAAGUUGGCUGUCGAUAACCGCUUGAUCAUCAACCGUCAGCGCAAGAUCAAGAUGUACCGGGCCUGGAUCCAGGGACAGUUCUUCAAGCGAGAAGUGCCACCUUCCGAGGCGAAGAACGAGUCCUGA